AUGUUUAAAGGUUUUACGCAUUUAGAGAAUAUAUUAAAAGCUUCUUCUGAAGUUGCUUCGCUAGAUUUUUCAACAAGUAAUGCGCGCGUCACUUCGUUAUUAUCAUCAACACGUAAAUCAGUACGCGAGGCAGCACCACAUGAACGUAAAUUAUUCACACUCGUUGAAGAACUAGGUAUAACUCCAAGGGAGGAGCUAGAACCGCCUACUCCUUUACGUGGACCUGACCCUGUAACAGUUGAUAAAAUAUUACGAGCAGCAAAUGUACUGGCUCAAAUAUGUAAUCUUCGGGAUGCUAAAGAGCAAAUAGAAUUAAUAGCGCAACGUUACGAAGAAGUAACUUCUUCAAUAGAUAGUUUAGAAUCUAUAAUGGAAAAACAAAGAAUCAAUUUAGAGAAAGUUAGAAUAGCUGAAAGGGCUAAAAGUAUGGAACGUGAAAAGGUAAAUGAAAAAACUUCAAAAGCAGUGAAAGAUGAACAAACUGUUAAAAUUGAAGACGAAAUCCGACAUCAUGAGAUGGAAAUUCUCGCGUUAGAUAUGUUAAAACAAGAAUACACGAAUAAGAUCAAUGCCUUAGAUGACGAAUUGGCGCAUCAAAAAUGUCUAGAAGAGGAAGAAAUCGAAUUAAAUAAACGUUUGAGAAGUCUUCUAUUACAUAACGUUUUAUCAGAAGAUCUUGAAAGAGUCAAAGAUGUUUUGAAAAAUGUGAUCGUAACGUUGGAACAACUUCUGGAGGGCCAUCGAAAGUUGUUACUAUUAGAAUUUGAUAUAGAUGUUAUACAUGAAGUAAAUAGCACAUUGGUAGAUAAUGUUGCAACAGUGAUGGAACAAAGUGAUAUUGAUAUGAAUUUAUCAAUACCAUUACCAUCUUCCCAAACAAUUCUUUCAGCAAGAGAGAAGAAUUGGAAAGAUUCAGAUGGAAAAAGUGCAAUUUAUAUUCUUGUGGCUAAUUUUCUUGCUACUAUUAAUCAUUCUCAAAAGGGUUGUCCCGUUACAACAGAUAUAUGGAAAACUUAUUAA